CGUCUCUCGAGCUCUUCUCCUCCGAUAUCCCCCAUUGGCGCUUCUCUGCCGUACUCUCGCAUCCACCAUCGGCAAGAUCGCCGUCGGUGCCGCACUCUCUCGUUCGCCAUCGGCAAGAUCGUCGUUCCAAAAUUCUUCCUCAAGCGCUGCUUACGAUUCCGAUAAACCACGCCGCCGCUCAAUCCCCGCCGGCAAGGAGACUGGGGUUUAGUUGCUCAACUACUCCCGCCGCCAUUCCCUCCUCCGCUUGCUGUUCGAUUUCCCGCAUAGCUCUCUUCCCAUCAGCGGAAGAUCUUAAAGGUCGACGACCACAUCGGCGUUGCGAUUGCUCGACUCACCGCCAACGAGCGAGUUCUCUCCCGGUACAUGCGAUCCGAGUGCAUCAAUUACAGCUUCACCUACUAGUCCCCUCUCCCCGUCGGCCGUCUGGUCGUUAAGCUCGCUGAUAAAGCUCAGGUGCGAGGGGUUGUUGGUUUUGUUGUUCGCUAUGUGAGGGUUUUCUGUUUUUGUAUGUGUGUGCUGGCUUUGUUUUAGUUAGGUGUCAAUUAAUUGAUUGAUUUGUUAGAAUAGAGGGGAUUUGGGUGGAUUAGGGCGUCUGUAAGGAAGAUUAUGCUAUAGGAAAUCUCGAACUUUAGGGGUGCUCUGCUUAGUGUUCGAUUUCCCGCAUUUCCGGUUCUGGGGUUUCGAUUUCCCCAGACACAGAGUUGGCUCUUACUGAACUUGUCGCGGCAUUCACCAGACACAGAGUUGUCGCCAGGGCAGAGGCGGAAGGAAGUAGCGGUGAACUUGCAGGAGACGGAGGAGCAGAGCUUGCGGAAGCUAAUGAGGAUGUUGAAGGAGAAGAAGGAGCUUCGGUGGAGGGUGAAGAAGUUGAGAAAACACCAUGGCAGCCAAGAGUCGGGCUUGGGGAUGUUAUGGGGGUAACGAAUCCUAAUCUAUUCUUUCUAUGCUUACCGGAUGUUACGAGUGGAUAUGGCUUUUGGGGGUUUGGGUUUUGCCUCUGAUUUUGAUUUUGCAAAGUAUGACUUUGUAGGAAGUCACUAUUAAGAGACGGUGCCGAUUCUUCUCCAACAGCACACCAAAAACUUUCUAAUAUAAACCACAAAUAUGGUAAAACAAACCAUAAAAUGCAUAUUAGAAACCUUCAAAUGCAAAGCACAAGUCUCGAAAAACAUACCAGAAACACAAGAAUGCAAACUACUAAUAUUUCUAAAACACACCGGAAACUUCAUAAAACAAACCACAAACAUGAUAAAAUAAGACACAAAAAGCAUACUAAAAACCUCCUAAUUCAAACCACAAAUCCUCUAAAACAAACAAGAAAUCGCACAAAGCAAACCACAAAUAUUUCGAAAAGCACACUAGAACCAGAAACACCAUAAACCAAACCACAAAUAUUUUGAAAGCACACAAGAAACCUCAUAACGCAAACCACAAACACGUUAAAGCAAACCAAAAAAACAAACCAGAAACAUCCUAAUGCAGACCAAAAAUCUACUAAAACAAACCAGAAACCCCGCAAAGCAAACCACAAAAUUUUAAAAAACACACCAGAAACCUCAUGAUGCAAACCACAAACACGAUAAAGCAAACCACAAAAACAAACCAGAAACGUCCUAAUGCAGACCAAAAAUCUAUUAAAACAAACCAGAAACCCCGCAAAGCAAACCACAAAAUUUUUGAAAGCAAACCAAAAACUUGUCAAUGCAAACCACAAACACGAUAAAGCAAACCAGAAACUUCUUAAUGCAAACCACAAACACGAUAAAGCAAACCACAAAAGGCAUACAAAAAUAUGAGAAACCAAACCAUAAAUCUCACAAUGCAGACCAUAACAUCCGGUGUUCGUUGACCAAACUCCGAUGACUGUCAGUGAGCAGAUUCCGACGCCGAUAGGCAUAUUCCGGCCCCGAUGACUAGAUUCCGACGCUGGUAAGCAUAUUCCGGCGACAAGUAGCAUAUUCCGGCUACAAAAAGCAUAUUCCGAUGACCGACGACCAGAUUCUGGCGACCGGUGGUCGAAUUCCAAUGACCAAAAUUUUGGGCCGAAAAUAAAAAAAAUAUUUUUUUUUUCAUUAUUUAAACAUAUUUUUUCAUAAUGACAAUUAUACCCCUGUUUUGAUUUUACACUAGGUCAACUCAUCUAAUAAAAAAUCAUCACAACCCUAACUUCCUAUUGGUUGGAGACUAGUGUUAUUACAAUAACAACACAAGGAGUGUUGUCAUAGUAUCUAGUCCCCUGAACUGCUGCCGUUCGCUGACCAAAAAGGGUGGAAAUUCGGCUCAAUAUCUUGAUUAUGUUUACGCAGUGAAGAAGAUUCCCCUGGUAAUCUGGCCUGAACAGAGGAUGUGUAGCGGCAACUGAGCUCGCCGGAACGGUUAGAAACGCACGGCGGGGGAACUGGUCCUCCUCUCGCUGACUUAGAAGGGAAGUGGAAGGAAGGUUGGGUAGGAAAGCACGGUAAGAUAGUAGCGGCGGCGGAGGACCGAAUCAUGGCAUCUCCUCUCCGCCGGCGUGCAAUCGUCGAACUGGCGAAUCCUUCCCUGAGAAGUAAAGGCGGCAAAUCUUUGAGGUCUCUGUAAUUUAACUGUCGUCGCGCCGAAAACUUAUCCUCUUCACGAGGGGUUAAAUACAAAAAUGAUCACUUAUCUUUAAGGUCACUAAACUUAUUUCCUUAACAAAAUUGCCACUGAAGUUUAUAAUAACAAAAAUAAUAAUUGCUUUGUCUGUCAUCUAUUCGUCAAGUUUUCCCUUCAAAAUUUAGGAAUCGAUUAGUCAAUAACACUGAAGUGAGUGACUUCCAUUGUAAUUGACCCUUCUAUGUAAAAAACCAAUACAUCGGUCGAAAUCCAUAGUCAGCAAAAUUCUCUGCUCCGGCUUUGGGCAAAAGACUCCUACGCAGCAAAUCAUCGACAGAAGUUCGCGCUGUUUCCCUCAGUUUCAUGGACGAGGCUCGUAAACAUCAGGUUUUCCCCAUCUUUAUUCCCCUCUUUUUCUCUCGCGAUCCGUUCGAAAUUGCCACCGAUUGAGACCCUUACGGGGUUAAAUUUGAAGAUUGGUUUGAAAAGUUGGAAACUUUGGCACAUUAGGAUAGUGGGAUAUCAUUGGAAUAGGCUAGUAAUUUCCGGGGUUCAUAAACUUUCAGGUGUCCUUGAGGGAAGCAAGUGCGAGAGAGAUAUCUCGGGAUGCCCUGCUCGAGAAGGUCUCCCAUGAAAGAGAGCUCCGCAAUUACGCGAGGCGUGCUUCUGCUAUCUUCAUACAGGUUGGUUUGGGACUCUUUUAAAAUUUAAACUGUUGGAAUUAUAUUAUUUAAUUUCUGUGUUUGGUCAGCAUAUUAUGAGACCGGGUUUGAAGAAUUUUGUUUUAUUUGCUCCAAGGGGAAUGGGAAGAAGUUAUGGCGAAUAAUCAUGGUGGUUCAAUCUCUGCUGGUUGGGUUUCCGGCAGUGUUUUAAGACCAUUCUUUUUCUAUGUCGAGAUCUUAUCCUCACGCCAUCAAAAGAUUCAAUCUGUUGAUAGGAAUUGCAUUCAAAAUUGCUUUAGGAUCUUGCUGGAAAGCGUGAAUUCUACUGGUAUGCUGAUGCUUUGGACAUUUGAUUGUUUAAGUUGUGUGUCCAUAGUUUCUAAAUUCUUUGAUAGAAUUCAAAUGCUUGUAUUUCGAAGUAGCUGACAAGUGGAACUUGUUUGAAGGGUAGAUUCGAAAAAGAACUUUUGCUCCUUGGCGUUCGGUACACUUGAAGAACGAAGAACAUGGACUUUUCAAUAAAAAAAGUUGGUCUCAAUAUGCUCAUUUGUCCUUUCUAAAUGUGACAAAAAUCAUGCAGAGGGACGCGAUGUAAUUAUUCUAGCAUCUCUGGGGAUGCGUGUUCUCGUAGUCUUAACCAAUCUGAACGCAUGGAGCAGUGUUACUAUUGGUCGUCCUGAGGAUGCUGAUAGUGCAGUGAAGGCUUUGGUUAGGUUUAUCGGUGAUCCUGAAAGUGGUUUUUACGGAUCCCUAAGAAGAUACAUUGAGAGGUUAGAGAUUUCCACUCCUUCCCCAAAGAAAAAGUUGGCUUCUCAGACCGACAAUCUGUUUCUGGUCACUGCUAGUGCAGUAACUUUAGCUCUACGUCCUUUCAAUGCUAUCCAUUCUGAUUCUCAUGGCUCUGGCUUGAUGGAAAUGCAAUCUGCUGUCAUGCAUUAUUGUUUGUCUCUCCUUACUGUUCCCUGGCUUGCUGGACGUUUACCGGCUGUGCUUCUGCCAGCUGUGAAGCACAAUACUGUACUCUCACCAUGCCUCAAGACAAUGUUGAUUCUGGGAGAUGAUAUUCUUUCUGAGAUGGCGAGGUUGGAUUACUUGAAAGUACCACAUUCUUCCUACGUUAUUCCACCUGUGGCCUGGCUUCUUGCAAACAUAGUUUGUCUAGCUGCUAGCACCGAGAACGACUUCACAGGUUCAGGGGGGCUAUUUCAGGAUACAGACUAUGCAUCCUAUGUACGUAUAGUUGCUGUUCUUUCUGAGAGCCUGCUGCAAUGGCUUAGUGAUGGUGGUUGGACCGAGCAUCAAGAUCCUGUAGUCAAUGCUGAAACUUCAGCCAAGCAUGUUAGAGUUUUUCAUGAGAAUGGGGCUGUACAUACCUUAAUUAUGUCAUAUGUGGAGCUACUCAAGCCUAUUUUCCAGCAGUGGCACCUAAAAAAGCUUCUAUCUAUUACAAAAGAGGGUUUCGCAUCUCCAAGUCCCAAUUUCUCAAUGACGUUGGAGCUUAUUGAUAUUGCGUAUUUAUAUUCCUACAUGCUCAGAUUCUUCUCAUUCAUGAAUCCCAUGGGGGCUCUGCCAGUUCUCAAUAUGCUGUCCUUUACUCCUGGAUAUCUUGUUAGUCUAUGGGAAGUACUGGAGAACUCCCUCUUUGAAGGUCAGAUGUCUGUGGGGGAUAAUGCCAAUAGCAGCAAAACUUCAAAGAACUCAAAAGCUCAGGUCCUUGAGAAAAAACAGAAACCUUCAAAUAAGGAAGCAGGAAGUAAGUGGGGUAACGUACUGAAUAGAAUGACAAGUAAGCCCGACGUUGUGUCUUCAGGCAAUGGACAACCUAUUGGGCAAGUCACUGAGGAGGUAGAUGAUACAUGGAAUGUUGAAACUCUCAGAUGUGGCCUAGCAAAAGUUUCCAAAGAUCAGUCAUGUCUACUUCAUUUGUUCUGUGCUACCUAUUCGCACUUGCUAUUAGUUCUUGACGAUAUUGAUUUCUAUGAAAAGCAGGUUCCUUUCUUACUGGAGCAACAACGAAGAAUUACAUCAGCAUUGAACACAUUUGUUUACAACUCAUUGGCCAAUAAUAGCUUUCGGCAAAAUAGACCCUUAAUUGAUUCUGCAGUUAGAUGUCUGCAUUUAUUGUAUGAAAGGGACUGUAGGCACCAGUUUUGCCCACCUGCUUUGUGGCUUUCGCCAGCCAAAGAAAACCGGCCUCCUAUUGCUGUUGCUGCUCGGACACAUGAGAUUAUGCUGACAAAUGUAAAGUCGGAUGAUACAGUGACAAGUCCAGUUCUUAAUUCAGUGGUAACUGUUACUCCACACAUAUAUCCAUUUGAAGAAAGAGUCCAGGUGUUCAGAGAAUUUGUCAGCAUGGAUAAAGUAUCCCGCCGAAUGGCUGGGGAUUUCACUGAACCUGGUUCACGAGCGGUUGAGAUUGUAGUUCGUCGAGGUCGUAUUGUUGAAGAUGGAUUUCGCCAACUCAAUUCUCUGGGACCUAAGUUGAAAUCGUCCAUUCAUGUUUCAUUUGUCAGUGAAUGUGGGCUUCCAGAGGCAGGAUUGGACUAUGGUGGAUUAUCCAAGGAGUUUCUGACUGAUAUCUCAAAAGCAGCACUUUCUCCAGACUAUGGUUUGUUCUCCCAAACCUCAACCUCAGACAGACUUCUAGUCCCAAACCCAGCUGCUAGAUACUUGGAAAAUGGCAUCCAGAUGAUUGAAUUCCUUGGAAGAGUUGUUGGGAAAGCUCUGUAUGAAGGAAUAUUACUAGAUUACUCAUUUGCACAUGUUUUUGUGCAAAAGCUGUUAGGAAGGUAUAGCUUUCUUGAUGAACUGUCAACACUUGAUCAAGAGCUGUACCGGAAUCUGACGUAUGUGAAGCAUUAUGAUGGUGAUGUCAUAGAACUCUUGCUGGACUUCACAGUUACGGAAGAAUCAUUUGGUAAGCGACAUGUUAUUGAGCUUAAACCUUGUGGCAAAGACAUUUCAGUGACCAAUGAGAACAAGAUGCAAUAUGUGCAUGCAAUGGCAGAUUAUAAGCUUAAUAGACAGAUCUUCCCCUUCUCAAAUGCCUUCUAUAGGGGUUUAACUGAUCUCGUAUCACCAUCUUGGUUGAAGCUAUUUAAUGCAAGUGAAUUCAAUCAGUUACUUUCCGGUGGUGAUCUUGACAUUGAUGUCGAUGAUCUAAGAAGGAACACGCGAUAUACAGGUUAUGCAGAUGGAAGUCGGACAAUCAAACUUUUUUGGGAGGUGGUGAAAGGGUUUCAACCAAGUGAACGUUGUUUGCUGCUUAAAUUUGUCACUAGCUGUUCUCGUGCUCCAUUGCUUGGGUUCAAACACCUGCAUCCUUCCUUUACUAUUCACAAGGUCAGUUGUGAUUCUUCCAUAUGGGCAACCAUUGGAGGACAGGAUGUGGAAAGGCUCCCAUCGGCUUCAACUUGCUACAACACUUUAAAGUUGCCAACGUACAAAAGGGCCAGCACUUUGCGACCAAAGCUUCUUUAUGCUAUCAGUUCCAACACAGGGUUCUAGCUUUCCUAGGAAAUUUCCAGGCUUCAACUCAAUCAUAUUCAGGUAACUUUUGAAGCUCAAUAACUGGAAUGACAGGAUGUGGGCAACCAUUGGAGGACAGGAUGUGGAAAGGCCCCCAUCGGCUUCAACUUGCUACAACACUCUAAAGGUUGUCUUGAAUGCAACAUCUGCUGCUUGUGGGAUUUUUUUUCUUCUUUUCAUGUUUGUGUUUCUUAUUUGCUUUGGUUUUGAUGGUUACAGUUGCCAACGUACAAAAGGGCCAGCACUUUGCGAGCAAAGCUUCUUUAUGCUAUCAGUUCCAACACAGGGUUCGAGAUUUCCUAGGAAAUUUCCAGGCUUCAACUCAAUCAUAUUCAGGUAGCUUUUGAAGCUCAAUAACUGGAAUGAAUUGCC